AUGACACCUCUUGCUCUCGUUCUUUUUGUCCGAACAAAUGCCUUGUCCUAUUCUCCGUUUAUCUGUGACCUAGAUUUCGCCAUAAAAUCUCGUGAAUGCAGUUUUGUUUGUACCUAUGUACAUUUCCUCCUUACUGAUUACUGUGGGCAUUCCAGUUAUGAAGAGCUGAUAUUUCGCAAUAUUCUCUUGUGGAAUUUAAAGCCUUCGUUUCAUAUCAUAAUCAGCAAUAAGACGGCACAACCUGGCAAGUUCUUAGUUUCAGAAAUUGAACUAUUCCUCUCUUUUGUUCUUCAGGCUCCUGCUUUGAAGCAGAAACGCUCGACUCAACGACGUGCCAAACGACCAGUGAAGUUAAAGGAUAAUGAGCAUUUGAAGGACAUACUGAAGGAUUUCUCCGACAAGAAACCUUAA